AUGACUUGGACGUUCCUACGAAACAAGACGGAGGAAUGUCCUAUGUUGGAGGAACAGCUCUUUCUCGCGACGCCCUUUAGGUUCGAUGUAAUUGACCCGUCUUACCCUUUAUGGAAGUUCUUCCAUACCUCCCUCCACCCUCAAUUGAGUGCCCAAGUCUACCACAAAUUGGCGGAAUCCCGAGUGCCUCGCAAGAUGGGAUCAACUUACCAAUACGGUCCUCGAACCAAUCCAGAUCCCAACAAAAUAGUGCCAAAUGAUGCGAUCAGAGACAGGAUUCAAGCUAAGAGGGAUAGAAAGAAUUUUGAGCGAGUCAAUAGGCAAGAAAACUCGGUUGAUCAAGUCUUGAUUCCAGUCUCCAUUUCUCCCAAUUAA